GGCCAUGAUACAGAAGUCCAUCCCCACGGAGGCCGAGUCUCUUUUUGCUUCCACUCAUUUUCGCACCCCUGGCCGAACUAUUGAAUCCAACCGCCAGCUCAACUCGAAAUCAUCGCGGGCUGUAUACCUGGUACCUAAAUAGGAUUAUCAUGGCCUCUCCAAUCUCAUUCGGCGAUGCUGCCGCCAUGGCCAAGAUCGCCUGGCGCGUCGCCCAAGCCUUCACACAGGGAUACAAGUCUUCCCCAGCUGAAUUUCGAGAAGUUGAAAACCAGCUUUAUUCACUUAGCGCAGCCUUGACAGCUUUCAAAGAUGUCUGUGGCCCCGAUCUCGCCGCCGUGACCAUUGACCCAGCAAAGCUGCCUGCUAGAUUCCAGACACAGGAACAGGACGGGGUGCACAGCGUGGCGAGGAUACUUGACAGCUGCCAUGAAACCCUAAAACACCUCGAAAAGAUUGUCGAAAACUACGGCGUCGUUGUCACCACCAAGGACCCGGCAAAGUCGUGGCUUCGGCGUUGGAGCACCGAAAUGACCAAGAACUAUAAGAAGAUUGCCUGGACUACCGAGGCCGGUGACCUGGCAGCGCUUCGCAGUCAGUUGAUGAUUCACACAAAUAGUUUGGACCUAGUCUUGGGCAUUAUUAUCAGCUCGCGGACAACGAGGAUCGAAGACAGCCUCAAGAACAAUUCUGCCAUGCUCCAGGAAAUAUAUUCUUGGUGGUCAAACAAUCUCAAGGAUUCCAUAGCUGCGCAGAUCCAGAAAGACCACCUUCCCCUCGGACUGCAAGGCGAGUCUAAGCUGUUGUCCUUCGAGGUUCAUGUCACCUCAAAUGGGGUUUCCCAAAUCCUGUGUCCCCAGGCCACCCUGCACGACGACUGGAAGGAAACAGGAGCAGUUCAGCUGUUUGUGUGCAGAUGUGGCCAAACCGUGAUGCCUGGGGGACAGCCUACCCGUAGCCAUCCGAGAGUUGAGAAGAUUGCAUUGUCACCUCUCUCAUUCCCAUUUCGACAGGCUGGGGACGCACGAUCCUGGACGCUCUUCAAAGCCCUGGACAUGUCGACCAACCAGAUGGUGUCCAUAACCAUCAAGAAUGUCGCGGCUCCAGAUAUCACCGAGUUCGAAGAGACCUUCAUUCAGCCGCUCGCAGAAGCAAGAGCAAACGCCAUGUUGCGGCAGGGCAUCAGUAACCAGCUCGCACACUUGUCACCGGACGCCACCCACGUUCGGGCUUUGAAUCUUCAGAGUGACUUGAACGACUGCCACAAGCUGAUCGACUCGGUGGCUUUCCGUGUUGGCCACCGAAAAUUAUCAAAACCGAGCGUGGAUGGACUUAGCCUUUUGAAUUACCGGGAGCUGGGCCAACAGACAGGCCGUUCUUUGACGAAUGACUUGGACCAUGCCGAGCUAUCCAUCUACUACGGUGGUGAGAAAACGGACGAAUCGACGGACAUCACAAAGAGCAUUGUCCAUUUGACCCACGCCACAACAUUCAAGGUUGAAGAAGGCAAUACCUGUGUGGUGAUCGAGGAGGUCGAGUGCCUCGGGUAUAGCCAAGACCAGCGAGUCAGUCGCCUCGAGAAAGCCGAUGUUGCGUUUCAUAUGCUAUCCCUGGAAGCCGCAAAGAAGCUCCGCGAGAAACUCGAAGAUAUGCGGGUGGAACUUUUGGUUACAAGCCUGCAGUACCCGCGGCCGGACGAUGUUGUCGUACUGCACCUUCAAGCAACUGAGGUUCAAUGCGAGGUCGCCAUUAUCUCGGACGCCGAGCUACUGAUAACCCGGAACUCUCGAGACGAACAUCGGCUCAUUGUGACAAGUCGCAAUCGCUGCACCGUUCUGAGCCAAGUUUUGCCCGAUUCGUUCUUCGCUUCCUCGUCUUUCGCGCCGAGCUUUGUCGCGCCCACUUGGCUUAUCCAACUCGAAGGGAAUGGAAAACGAAAGGUGUAUCAUUACCCUGACGGGUUCCGGUUUCUGAGCUUUCGUAACACCAACGCGGAGAAGAUGUUUGAGUUGGGUCGAACUGCGGUUCUACAAGGCGCUGGGUCGGAGAAGACUUUGCCGCUAAGGUAGAUUCCAUGGAAUGAAGGUUGACGACCAACCAUUGAGAAGUCAGGACGCGAAUUAUAGGAAGGGUUUCAUAUAGAGCUUAGCCUGGGCCUAUGGCGCGUACCCCUGAUAGUGGUAACAAGAAGAAAUUGUACCUACCGAUGGUUCUAACUACCUAGGUAGAUAUGUGAUGCAGCAAACUAGGCCCAA